AUGUGGUUAUUUCCUCUCGUCUGUGUUCGCCCAGACUGUGGUAGGCACAGACUAACUGCGGCAGGAAUUUACCGUACCGUGCGUAAGGUCUUGGACAUCGACGGGUGGUAUGACCUUGCCACUGAGUAUCUGGAGUGCAAACGCUGCAAAAAGAAAUAUCCUGCCUGGUCCGAGGACAUCCUAGGACAGCUGGAUAUGGGCCACCGCAGUCAGUUUCCAGCUUUGCUGACAUACAGAUACUCAUGUGACAACCGGGUGCUGAGGAUGAUGAGGGAGAGGACACUGGGCAACAGUGUGACUCAGCUUUACAGGAAGCUGAUGGAACAGCACAGUGAGGCAUGGACACAGCGUGUCUUGCAGUACCUGACUGCCUGUGAACCAUUCACAAGGUCCUCCCUUGUGCAGCCUCCUGUGUUUGCUGAUCCUCCACUUUUACCUGCUUUGCCUAAACCUAAGUGGCUGUUAGCCGUGUAUGCCAGGGAUGUUCUGGGGCGACUGCACGAGGUCAAGGCCAAAUUAACAUCUGUCUUUGGCUGUGUUCUCAAGAUGGAUUCGACAAAAAAGGUAUCAAAGCCCUGUUUAUAUCCAGAAAUUUGCCAGAUAUGGAUAUGGCACGGAUAUGGCACAGAUAUGAUCACAAAGAAACUUGCCGGUGCUGCUUCAGGAACAGCUGCCUGGUGCACAAAUGUCGGAAACGAACACGGCCAGGUCCUUGUCUCUGUGCUGACAGCUGCCGAGGGACAUGGACUGGACUCCAUGGCAGCUGGUCUGAUGAAACGCUACCGAGAGGCAGGAGAGGCAGCCCCAAAAGUGAUGUACGUGGACAGGGACUGCUGCAGUCAGUACGGCCAAUCGCGGGUGAAGAUCAUGUUUUUGGAGUGGGAUGAGCUUGUAGUGCGCCUCGACAUCUGGCACUUCAUGCGGCGAUUUGCUGCAGGUGUCACGACAGAGGCUCAUCCGCUCUAUGGGAUCUUCAUGGCACGUCUGUCCACGUGCAUCUUUCAGUGGGAUCCAGAGGAUGUGGCUGCUCUUCGCUCCGCAAAAGAGGGUGACCUGGCGGCAAAGAAGACUGGCCACAUCUCAGAAAAGGCGGUCAGUGCUCGCAUUACCCGGAGGGAGUUGGCACUGCACUGCCGGAGGAGGACCAGGGGGGUGGAGGAGACCACCAGAUUGAUUGGGUCACUGAUUGAUCAGUUUGACAGUGCGGAUGGGAAGGACACCCUGGGAGUUCCUCUGCUGGACCACGAACGGAUCCAGCAGAUAUGGAAGGAACAGCGCAAGCACGUCCAGUGUAUCCAAGACCCAGAGGACUUUCCGCUGUACAUGAAGACAGGGACACUGAAGAAAGGCGGCGUGGAGCUGUGCUGCUACAGGUGUGCUCGUGGCUCUACCUCCUUGGAGUCAUUCCACCUCCACCUGAACCGUUUUAUUCCAGGAACCAGUGCCAGCGAUGCGCAUUUUCAGGCCUAUCUCCUUGAGGGCUUGAUGCGUUGGAAUGAUGACCGAAUGGAAGACGCCAUAAAACGGGCGUCCUCCAUUCGGACAUAUGGCAGUGCCAUGAGCGAGGCUGUUGACCGGCUUAGCCGAACAGUCUUUGGGAAGCCCUGGGAUGAGCGCUAUCGCCCUCCUGGAGCAUAUACAGGUGAAUUGCUGGGAAUCGAGUACCUUUACAGCCAGACUGGCAAAACACUGACUCCAGUGCUCCAGAACCCAGAGGAGGAAGACCGGUUGGUGGAGGAGGUUGAUGAUCAGGACCUGCUAGAUGAGGGGUUUGAGGAAGAGAGCAUGGAGGACAUCACAGUUCCAGUGCUGUAUGAGGAUGACCCCUGCCUCAGAAACACCCCCUCAUCUUUGCCUCUGCCUCAGUCCCCAGCAUCACUGGCUGAGCCGUCCACAUCAUCUGGAGGAGAGGGACAGCAUCUCGCCCCUGCCUCUUCAGUGCUGUCACAGACAUCUGACACUGGAAGCAGUGUCUCCGGCGAGGCUCAGGGAGCAGUCAUUGGACCUGAUGGCAUCGCUGGGUGGGACAAGGUCCAGGAUCUGGCUGGUUUCCUGGUGGGUCUUCGUGAGGCUCCUUACCUCACCGACCUGCAGGUUACAGAGGCCAUCCAGCUGUGGACCGCUCUCCCUGAUGUUGAUAAACAGCGGGUCAACUAUCAGCCUCGACAUCAGCCUCAGCUGACACAUGGGCGCUUUAAGGCACCGAAGCGGUCCGGAGUCACACCGGGUGUGGAGAGUGUGAAACGGUGUCUGAUUGGACAUCCUGGGGGUCCAGCACAGUGGCCCAGCACCAGCCGCUUGGUUGAGGCCAUUUGUAUGAAGCUGUGUGCUUUACACAAGUCAUUGACCAAGAAGGCUGGAGUUUCCACCCCCAGGUGGUCUAAAAUCCUUUCGGAUUACCACCACAUCCGAGAGCUGGUGCUUAACAAUCAAAGACUGAUGGAUGAAACAAUGAUCCAGCUGUUUGAGCUGAACCAGAGGACACUCAUUCAGUGGUUUCAACGGCAGCAGAAGAAUCAGGAAUUGAGUGUCCUCGUCCAGGGACUGACUCCAUCUGACCCAAUAGAUGUGGCUGAUGUGCAGCUUCCUCUGCCGAGGGAAAAAUUGGAUGACGUGCCAUCAACAUCAGGCCCAAAACAUCAAUUUAUCCUUCCGCCAAAUCGAGAAGGACAGGCUCCAAUUCUGCGACCGGGUCGCCGGCCCGCUGCUGCCAAAAGGGAGUGCCCUAUCGCACCCGUCCCCACAGCAGCAGGAGUUGUGCAGCCCAUUUCAGCACCUGGGUCACUGUUAGGCACACUAGUGCUUAACCCAGACAUGACUGUGUCAAUAGUGAUUCCAUCUGCUGGUGCUUUGACAUCCGGUCCAGGCCCAGCUCCGCCUGCUCCAGUGCCUGCUCCAGUGCCUGCUCCAGUGCCUGCUCCAGUGCCUUGCCUGCUCCAGUGCCUGCUCAAGUGCCUGCUCAAGUGCCUGCUCCAGCGCCUGCUCCAGCGCCUGCUCCAGCGUCUGCUCAAGCGCCUGCUCCAGUGCCUGCUCAAUGCCUGCUCCAGUGCCAGCUCCACCGCCUGCUCCAGUGCCUGCUCCAGCCCCUGCUCCAGUGCCUGCUGCUCCUGUGUCCCGUUACACCCAGAGGAACAGGCGCCGGCGGGCCCUGGAGACGGAAAGCGGAGUCCAUAA